AUGUGGCUUGUACUAUGCGGCGCACCGUAUCAUCACCUCAAAUGCGGUUAUCCCGCUCCCAUCGCUUCCCUCCCACAGCUGUUCACACACUUCAUUGAACAGCUCAAUGCGGCCAUGUAUGCUGAGGGCCGCCACAUCGUCAUUCUCCUCGACAACGCGAGCUCGCACAUGCUCAGGAGCGAGUUUGGGUGGAGCGAAAUAGUGUGCGGCCUUCGCACGACCUGCCUUAGCAACCUACGCCUGGUCUUCCUGCCGCCUAACACGACGGCCUUCACCCAGCCGCUCGACCAGGGGAUAAUUGCAACCGCCAAGGCGCGCUACCGCCAGCACUGGUUGCGGGCCUUCACGGCGCUGUGGAACGCGGACGGAGCCACCAGCUCCGCCGCGCGGUUUCGCCCGAAUCUGCGCGACGUCCUGGCGUGGCUCUCGGACGCGUGGACAGGCAUCGGUCCGCGCACCAUCCAGCGGUGCUGGUGGCGUACGGGGUGCCUCCCGCAUUCGUGGGCCAUGGAGCUGCCGCACGUGCAUGACGACGAGCCCACCCCGUCCGCCUAUCCCGAUAUCGAGCUUGAUGACGAGAUAGGCGACGUCGGGACUCUCAUCUCUGGGCUUCGUCUCGGGCCUGGGGCGAUGUCCGCGGCUGAUUACGUGGCCAUCGACGAUGGUGAGCCGACGUGCGCCGAAGGCGCGGCGGAUCCGACUGAGCCGGCGCGUCGCACGGCUCAAGCGGCGUGCGAGAUGCUCAUUGGCUAUGCGCGCGCCAUCAGCAUCCAGCCGCGCGACCUGUGCCACCUUUUCGACAUCUGCAACCCGGUGAUCAUUGCGCGCAUGGAGCGGGCGAGCCCGCCCAUUAAUCUCAACGUGACCCCGUCGGUGGCGCGCACGCCAGGCGCAACACCGACGCCUGACUCCCUGCGUCCGCGUGGCCGAGUGCUGCAUGGCUGGAUGACCCAGCCUUCCCGCCGUCAGCAUCUGCUGGACGCCGGGGUUGGCGCCGUGAUGGGCGUGUACACAGACGCGGCGGAGUGGAUGCGUCUGUGA